GUUUCUGUAAAAUUGAUGAAGACUAAUUGAUGUCAGAAGAUUAAAUUCAAAACUAAAAGAGAUUUCCAGCAAUCGUAAACAGACAUUUCGUUUAAACUGGCAUUUGGAAAGAUGUUGGCAGGUCGGUAACACCCACCAGGUCUUUUUGUUUUGGAGCGAGUGCACCCGGACUGGGACUAGGGAAGAAGACCAUGCCCUGCUCUGCUCGGGGAUCAGUGGCGUGUUGUGCAGGCGGUUCCCUUGGAAACUAAUUGUGACAGUGUUAUCAUCAAAACGCGAGUGUGCACGUGAUCUUACCCUGGAUCCUGCUUUCUAAUUGCAUUUUAAUUGUUGCUGCCUGGAACUGUUAUUAUCAAUAAGACAAUGAUCCCAGCCUCUGAAACACUUUUGAAGUUUAGCAAUCCACAUCUAAUUACUGUGCAUACUGGAGCACCGGCAUCCAAGGACCAUAAAAUAAGCCCUAAAAAAUGUACUCUUGGAGCAACUAAAGGAUCAGAAGAACACAAUAAACAGUCAAUAGAAUGCAUUUUAAAUGCAAUAUUACCUCCAAGACAAUGGAUGGAGGAUGGGAAUAUGUGGAUUCAAUAUAUAUCUACCGCCCCAGCCACACGAACAGACGUGAUAAAUUUGCAGGAUCAAUUGGAUCGGAAACUGCAACAAAGGCAAGCUCGGAUGACAGGAAUUUGCCCUGUUCGUCGGGAAUUAUAUGGACAAUGUCUUGACGAGCUCAUUAGACAGAUCACCAUCAACUGUCCAGAACGUGGAUUAUUGCUUCUUCGAAUUCGUAAUGAACUUCUCAUGACUCUUGAAACUCAUGAGACAUUGUAUGAAAGUAGUGUUGCGUUUGGUUUGAGGAAGGCUCUGCAAGGGGAUCUCGAAAAGAUUCAUCUCCGAAACCGUAUACAUGUACUAGAAAGAGAAAAAAGCGACCUUCAAAAGGAACUUAGUAAAAUUGAAGCUAAAUAUGAAGCAGCUGAGAAACGAGCUGUUGAGAGGAAAAUGUUAGAUGACAAGAGGCAUUCGGAAGAAGCAUUGGCCUUUAAAAAAACAAAUCAACAACUGAAGCUACAACUUGAAGGUGUCAUAACUUACAGAAGGUGA